AUAAAAGGUGGUCAGUAGUUUUGCAAGGUAAAAACCCUCAUGUAAGUGAUGAAAACUCUGACUCAUUUGAGGACCUUUCUACAUAUCCAUUGUCAAAUCUUAAGUCAACGUUCAUUGACGAUACUGAUGAAUUGGAUGACGUGCAUGCAAGUCGUAAUGAUCACGAUGAAGGGAUAUGGGAAAAUAUUGAUAUUGGUCAAGAUAUUGAUAAGGAAAAUGAGUGAUCCUCACAUACCUCAUACUAGCACUGGGUCAGAUCUUGAUCAAUCUUCACCCAAAAAAAAUCUGGCAGAGGCUGCACGCGUUUACCAGAUUUGACUCUCAAUCGCAUUGCUGAUCAACGCUUACCUAUUGAAUUUGACGAUCAUUGGAGACCUAUUGGGCCAAACUACAAGAAGUACAAUAGUUACUUGGCAUUACUUGGGCGUAGUAGGGCCAGUAUCUUACGUGAAGAUUGGCCGGAUGUAGAGGAAGCUGUGAAAAAUCAGAUUUGGCAUGAGCUUACGCUUACUUAUGAUGUUCCAAAUAAUCAUAAGUUGAAAUGGAAAGUGAUCUCAUAUGCUGGUGAGCGAUGGAGGGCAUUUAAGACUUAUCUUACUUCUACGUAUGUGUAUGGAACCAAUAGUGACAAAUCACCAUGUGAAGUUUAUCCAUUAAUUGAUGAUGAAACAUGGUCUGAGUUUCUUAAGAGCCGGUUAGAGCCCGCGUUUCAGGAGAAAAGAAGAAAGGGGAUAGACACUCAAGCACACAACGUCCACCCGCACAGAAUGUCUCGUAGAGGGUAUGCACUCCUUAAAAAAAGCUCAAAGAAGAACAAUUGAGGAAACAGAUGGAAGAAUCACAAUCUGACCCUUCAGUGUUGCUUAGUGACCCACCAUCCCCGCCUAGGGUGCAAACUUGGAAAGCAGGUCGAGUGAACAAAAAUGGAGUGUUUCUUCGUCAAGAGACAACUUAAGUUUCUGAAAAGAUGAGAAACAACAGAGUGAAGGAACAUUUGUUCCUGAACGGCGUAAUGAUAUAAUCACCACCUGUCUAGGUCCAGAGCACUCUGGUCGUGUACGCACUGCUGGAAGAGGUGUUGGUCUUAGAGAUUUCUAUCCGUCGUCAUCCCGUAAGAGUACUGACUCGAACGAGAAGUUGAAAGAGGUGAUAGAGACUUUGAAAAGAGACUUCCAAGAAGAAUGGAAAAGAGACUUCCGAGAACAAUGGAAAAGAGAGGUUUAUAAUGACAUGCGUGUUGAUCUUCUUAAGGAGCUUCGCCAAGAAAUGCAAGAAAAUAAUACCUCUCAUUCUAAGGAAGAAGAUCAUAUCAUUCUGAGGCGUGUAAGCACGGGAGGAAGUAAUUUUGUGCCUGAGUUUGAUGAUGGUGAUGAGAGUGACGACGACAAUGAUCUUCACGAGUUGUUCAUUGAUACCCCGCCUCCCCACCGUUUAGUUGCAAAGGGAAAGAUACAUGAUUUUGGAGAUAAAAUUCAUCAUCAAACGGUUGGCUUGGGAAAUGUGAGAGUGGAGGUAGUUAAAGUUCUAGAAGCAAAUGCUCCAGUCCCAAUUCCAAGUGGAGAGGUUCAAACGGCGGGGCAAGCUCCUAAGAACUUCAUUGCAUGGCCAAGAAGACUAUUAAAGGAUGUCAAAACGCAGGUAUCUACACCGCUUGUGCAUAUCCAGAAAUAUUGGUCAUGUGUAUGGAUUCAUUGAUCCACACACCAUUCAAGGAGUAGGCAAUUCUUUAAAUGAGGUGAAAACGUAUAUAUCUACAAGAUUAAAUGAAGGUGGAAAGCAAUGUUACUUGGCUCUUUAUUACUACCAGAAUCAUUGGCAGCUCUUUAUUCUCUCUCCUAUCUAAAAUACUAUUGUCUUCUUGUGUUCUUUUGGGAAUAAGCCAAAUACACAAUUCAAAAAUAUUAUUGAUGCUGCAAUGGAGGCAAGCCGCAGACUCAACUCAAGAAAGGGAAGAGUGAAAUGGAUUAUUCCUAUGCGAUUCGUCAAUCCGGAAUCAUUCUCAUCAGAAGAGAUUGAUGAACUACGGACUCGUUGGGCAUCAUAUUUUUUAGAAAUGACGCAAUCCAUCAACGACACAUGAUGAACGUGUUUGUUUAAGUUUUUGAGUGAUGAUGUUAAACAAGUACAAUGUGUUAUUACUCUAGACUUGUGCAAGGAUUGUUUUAUUUUAGCUUGUUAUUAUGUACUAAGUUGUUACUUGAACUUGUUUGACAUUUGUGG